CGCACGCGCUUCUAAAAAAAAAAAAAAAACAGGUCAACAAAUCUACACGCGCAAACUAGCGUCUUUCCCUUUACAUUAUCCGAAAGUUAAUUUUUAAUGCAACAUUUAGUCGUUAUGAGGUGUCCGUCAGUUGUGCAAAUGUCCUGAAGCGUUGCAUGUUGAAAAUUGCGCGCAGACAACAUGUUUAGUGACCCUACCGCUAUGUCAACAACAUACAUCACCCGCUGUCAGCACCAGGGCUGGAUGAGGGUCACCGACAUGAAACGUUCAUCAAUUCACUGGAUAUCUUGUGGAAAGCCACUUUCAGAACCAAUCGGGUGGCAGGUCAAAUUUUGCUUGGUUGCAGAAUGUCAACUUGUUCUCCUGGACAAGAGAGAGUUCAGUCCAAUGCUGUUCCGAGAGCGCCGUGCUGAAUCAUGCACAGUGUGGCUCCUGCGACGCAGCACCAGCAUUCCUGAGGGAGUUCAGCUCCGUAAAAACCAGAGCACCCAAACCAGAAAUGCCAAGUCUCUCACUGACAGGGUGGGCCGGCGGCGCAGUAUGCCUGGCAGUACAGUGGACAAAACGGUGGUCGCUAUGGAUGCAGACACGUCAACACCUUUUAAAGUCACGGGCUUCCUGAGCCGCAGACUGAAGGGUUCCAUCAAACGCACCAAAAGCCAGCCGAAGCUCGACCGCCACAGCAGCUUCAGGAACAUCUUACCGGGCUUCAAGAGCGCGGAGAAUGACAGUAGAUCCCAUCUGAUGCCGAGGCUGAAGGAAUCGCGGUCUCACGAGUCGUUGCUCAGCCCCAGCAGUGCAGUAGAAGCUCUAGAUCUCAGUAUGGAGGAGGAAGUGCUCAUCAAACCUGUGCACAGCAGCAUCCUGGGACAGGAUUUCUGCUUUGAGGUAACUACUUCAACAGGAAGCAAAUGCUUCUCAUGUCGGUCGGCAGCCGAGAGAGACAAAUGGAUGGAGAAUUUGAGACGUGCUGUGCAUCCCAACAAGGACAACACCCGUCGGGUGGAAAACAUGCUGAAAUGUUGGAUUAUCGAAGCCAAGGACUUGCCGGCAAAGAAAAAAUACUUCUGUGAACUUUGUCUGGAUGACACGUUAUACGCACGGACUACCUGCAAACUCAAAACGGACAAUGUUUUCUGGGGCGAACACUUUGAGUUCAACAACCUGCCCUCAGUUAAGAGCAUCACCGUGCAUCUUUACAAAGAAACUGACAAAAAGAAGAAGAAGGACAAAAAUAACUACGUGGGCCUGGUCAGUAUCCCUAUAGCGGCAGUCACCGGGCGGCAGUUUGUGGAAAAAUGGUAUUCCGUGAGCACGCCGAAUCCCAAUAAAGGAAAGACUCCAGGACCCAUGGUCCGAAUGAAAUCCCGAUAUCAGAGCAUGAGCAUCCUCCCCAUGGAGCUGUACAAGGAGUUUGCAGAGUAUAUUACUAACAAUUACAUGCUGAUGUGCUCGUUGCUGGAGCCAUCACUAAGUGUGAAGAACAAGGAGGAGAUGGCUUGUGCACUUGUCCAUAUCUUACAAAGCACAGGCAAGGCCAAGGACUUUCUGACAGAUCUGAUGAUGUCUGAGGUGGAUCGGUGCGGAGACAAUGAGCAUCUCAUAUUCCGGGAGAACACACUUGCUACUAAAGCUAUAGAGAAGUACCUGAAACUAGUGGGACAGAAGUACCUUCAGGAUGCUUUAGGUGAGUUCAUCAAAGCCCUGUAUGAGUCAGACGAGAACUGCGAGGUGGAUCCGUCUAAGUGUUCCUCCAGUGACCUGCAUGAGCACCAGAGCAACCUCAAGAUGUGCUGCGAGCUGGCUUUCUGCAAGAUCAUCAAUUCUUACUGCGUAUUUCCUCGGGAGCUCAAGGAAGUGUUUGCAUCCUGGAGGCAGGAGUGCAGUAACCGAGGACGACCGGACAUCAGCGAACGCCUGAUCAGCGCAUCUCUUUUCCUGCGCUUCCUGUGUCCUGCCAUUAUGUCGCCCUCACUCUUCAGCCUCAUGCAGGAAUAUCCAGACGACCGCACCGCCAGGACACUUACACUUAUCGCCAAAGUGACACAAAACCUUGCCAACUUCACCAAGUUUGGCAGUAAGGAGGAGUACAUGUCCUUCAUGAACCAGUUUUUGGAGCAUGAAUGGACCAACAUGCAGCGCUUCCUGCUGGAGAUCUCCAACCCAGAGACCAUCUCAAACACAGCAGGCUUCGAGGGUUAUGUUGACCUGGGCCGUGAGCUCUCCACUCUCCAUUCUCUCCUGUCAGAAGCCGUCUCACAACUCGAUCAGAGUACUAUCACUAAGCUGGGUCCUUUAGCACGGAUCCUGCGGGACGUGAAUUCGGCCCUGACGAACCCCACCGGAGCCCCCGUGUCAUCUCCCACCGAGCGUGUGGGCUCCCCCACUCUUCCCAGCAGCAGCCUGUCUACUGGUCUGCAGAAAAUGGUCAUGGACAGUGAGAUCACAGGGUUGGUGGAUUUCACUCGGCUGCCCUCACCAACCCCUGAAAACAAGGAUCUGUUUUUCGUAACAAAGAAUUCUGUGAUCCAGCCAUCGCCUGCCCGCAGCUCCAGUUACUCGGAGGCCAACGAGCCAGAUGUUCAGAUCCCCAACGGCAGCAAGAGCUUGUCAAUGGUGGACCUGCAGGACAGUCGUUCUCUCGAGAGCGCUCCCAACACCUCCUUCAGCGACCCCAUCAAUGACAGCCAGACCUCUGUGGGCCAGGGCACAGGAGUGUGGACCACCCGCACCGCUAAGGGCAACACGCCCAGCGGUCCGACCCUGAGGAGGGCAGGUCAGACCCCCACCACACCGAGCACAGACACUGCCCCGGGGAGGUCCCAGCUGCUCGCCCCGCUCUCGUUCCAGAACCCUGUGUACCAGAUGGCCGCCGGAUUGCCCCGUGCGGUGGCCGAUUCGGGAUCUGAAUGCCAGAGCUCCAUCAGCUCCCAGAGUAACGCAGAGGAAGCAGCUACCGCGGGGUCAAAGCACCCAUUCCUGAGCCAGUCCAGCACGGGGGCCAGCGGCGGAGGAGGCAGCAGCGGGGACGAGUUCAUUCGGUGUUCUGGAGAGUUCACCCGCAGACAGCUGUCCCUCACGGAGCCCCAACACCAAGCCAACGUACCACGCCAGAACAGUGCGGGGCCGCAGCGCCGGAUAGACCAGCCUCCUCCAGCCGUCACAAGGGGCCGCACUCCACCCAACAUGCUCAACACCACACCGUACCCCCGCCCCUCCAGUGGAAGUAUGAUGUCAUCAUCUCCUGAUUGGCCGAGCAGCAGCACCAGACUGAGGCAGCAGUCAUCGUCCUCCAAAGGGGACAGUCCAGAAUCCAAGCAGCGCACCCUACACAAACAAGCUCCAUCUCCCGUGAAUCCCAAUGCAUUGGACCGCACUGCUGCGUGGCUGCUGAAUAUGAAUGUGCAAUAUUUGGAGCAGGAGGGAAUUGACCCAGAUUCGAAACACCGGGAGGACUUUCCAAACAAGGAGGAUCUCACACCAACUGAAAAGUAUCAACAGGAGAUUGCUGUCCUGCAGGAGAAGCUGCGUAUUUCUGCUAAGAAGCUAGAAGAGUAUGAAUCUCACAUGAAGAGCCAGGAUGACCAAACCCAGAAGAUGCUCCUGGAGUACCAGGCCCGGCUUGAGGACACGGAGGAGCGAUUACGCAAGCAGCAGGAUGAGAAAGAGCACCAGAUGAAGAGCAUCAUCACCAGGUUGAUGUCAGUUGAAGAGGAGCUGAAGAAAGAUCACACAGACAUGCAGGCAAUUGUAGACUCCAAACAGAAAAUCAUUGAAGCCCAGGAGAAGAGAAUCGCUUCCCUGGACGCCGCAAACGCCCGGCUAAUGAGCGCCCUGUCUCAGCUGAAGGAUCGUUACAGCAUGCAAACGAGGAACGGCAUCUCUCCCACCAACCCUACCAAGCUGCAGAUCACAGAAAACGGCGAAUUUCGGAACAGCAGCAACUGCUAGCGUGGACGCAAGCACACAACACAGGCCUGAGGGUCUAGUGAUGGACAAGGGCUAUGGGUAACUGUCUUACAAUACGGCGGGGUCCCUAGGACUGGGUCGAAAAUAACUAUUGGGAACGAAUUGGAUAGAGUUGCACAAUGUUGUUUUUUCAUUCAGAAUAUAAAGGCUAGUGUGUCUUUUUGAAUCCUUUUAGAUUAUUAGCCACACACAGAUGUCCCAUGAUGCUUCAUUCAUAGCCCUUGUCACCGAUGUAAGCCGUGAGCAGAUUCUGUAUCAUCUCUAGAUCUGAACUGUGCAUAUGUACCUUUUGAUUGGACUUGGCAUGAUAAUAAUGUAAUUAUUUGUUGAAACACUAUUUUCCAUUUGACGUAAACAUCCCUUUCUUAUCAUUUUUCUUGCUUGUGUCACUCCAGGGCAGCAGUAGCACAAACCGCUCACUUUUUUUGUAAGGUUAAAGAGAGGACUUUUAAGCAUCGCAUUUUGUUGCAUACUUUUUUUGUAUGUGCUUAACAUUUUAGUCUGUACAGAGGCGAUGCGCCUCUUUAAUGUAUAUAGUUUUUUAUGGGCUUUUCAGAGAAAAGAGAUUUCCUUUUUUUCGUACAGUGUGUAUUUCCUGUGCUGAGGUCUGCUGUACUUUAUUUAGAAGAAAAACAAAACAAGCUCCGAUUGUAUAUUCAGGUGCUGCUUCUAGACCGGGCAAAGACCACGACACACUUUAGCCCCUCUGCUAUCAACGCCGUGGAUAGAAACGUCCUCGUACUGCUUGCUGUUGGCCAGUAUUAGACUCCGUAUCCAACAUCGCACCUGCAGUACAGUCGGUGUGUCCCCCCCACGAUGUCUUUCUUCCACUCUAUGCACUUUCAAUAGCAUUAGAAUGGACCCUUUAACCAAAACCUGCUUCUGUGGACUUGUUAUAAAGGCUAUUCAGAGCAGCAAGUACAAAGCGUAUGGCAUUCAGCACUUGAGUUGAUGUGUGAAGGGUACGUGGCUGGGUUUUUACUUAAAGGUUGUGAUGUUUUCUGCUCUUCAGAUGCAGUUUGCAUCAAACGAGUAGCACGGCAAUAGUUGCAUCAACCCUGCUGCUCACAGACCCUUUGCAAGCAGGCGAACUUGUUUUAGCUUCACUGAACUUUAUUCAAAUCAGGUUCGUGGAGAAGAGUUUGAAGACUGUCAGUGUUUCUGUAUGUAUAAAUAUUCACAUCAGUUUAUUUGGGACAAUAAUUUUGGAAAAACUGCAAGGGCGAACCACAUAACAUCAUGUAUAAACAUCUUUUUUUUGUAUUCUCUCUGUUUUCGCUAUUUUAUUAUUUUAUUUUUAUCGUAGAAGCUCAAGAGAAUUUAUGCUCUGUUUAACUAUUUUUUUUAAUUGAUUUAUUAAUUUAUGUUUUAAAUUAUGUUUAGUUAAUUUAUUUAUUCAACUACAUUUGUUUUUUUUUUCAAGCCCAAAAUUAAGAGUACUGGUUGAAGUCUGAAUGAGUGUGAACUGAACAGAAGUUGAGCUCAUCUUUUCCGCUUUCCUAGCUUUGACGGACAUCAGAAGCCUACAGGAACACACCUUUCCGCCACUGACCAAUAACCAAUAACAAGUUAUUGUUAUGAGGCUUGUAUUAAGUAUAGGAAGACACUAUAUUACCGUAUUAUUAAAGCCAAAUUUAGUAUACACCUUAUUAAUGAAGCAUACAUUGUACAAGCAGGCAGAUGAACCCAGAAUAUAAACACAAUGUGCAAAGUUGUGUCAAAUCCAUUAUAAAGAAAUGGCAAAAGGCGUCUGCUUGCCUAUACAAAGUAUGAACAGUAUCAUCAUUUUAAAAUAUUUUCACAUCACUCUUUUAAUAAAUGAAGGUACUUUAAGUGUUUUUCACAUCAAACAUUUUUGAAUGUCCCAAUUUUUUUAGUGAUUGAAAUAUUGAGGCAAAUGGCCUUUUCCCCCCACAUCUUUGAUUUAUUCUUUUAAGAGGUGAUCUAACUCUUUGUGGUUUGGAAAUGUAUGGAAAGUUGACAGGCGUGCACUGCAGUACCUUGGAUGUUUUGCCCUUCAGGUCUUCGAGCCAAUCACAUGACUGAAAACUAUGAAUUGUGAUUUAGUAUAUCCGGGUGAAAUGGCUUCUUGAACGAGAAAAAAUGUAGGACAGGACUUGAUUUUGUUGACGUGGAACUGUUUGCUAACUGCUGUGUUUACAUCUGAGAAGAGAAGAGAUAUCAUUGCAAGGGGAGCACAUGAGGAUGCAUGAAUUAAAUAAUAAUAAAAAUAAUGAAUCAUUAAUAGUAGAGACUGCAAUAUUCCGUAAAAAAGAAGAACUGACCAUUUUGGUUUCAUGGUGAUUUUUACAUUUCUUUAAAGUUGAAGAUUUUUGGGGGGGAUGUUACAAUACCACUGGUGUGAGGUUGAAGGAAGAACUGUCCGUUUAUUCAAACAAUUGAGUCAGAGAAUCCUGUCUGAAAACAUUCAUUGUUUUUGCAGUUUCAGUUGGUUAGGCUGGUGAUGCAGAAAUUACAUAAUUUACUUUUAAGACUUACGCUAAGGUCUCAUUAACCACUGUUAGGCAAGUUUUCACAGGCAAAAUCAAAUCAUUACAAAAGUAAUCUGUAAUUUCAUGUGUGGGCGAUACAUUUCCCAGUUUGCAACGGGUACAGGUUGAUGACGUGAAUUCACCACCGCUGACCUACAGAAAGCUGCUUGGUUUGAAAGUGACUUCUGUGUGAGUUAGGCUUCAUGUAUCACUGCAUUAUUCACAAUAAACAAAUGACCUAUUUUGCCUGUGAACUUUUGCAGAAAUAACUUGUUUUAAUACAGAGAAAUUGAAAACAAGCAAAUAAAACAUGUCUGGACUUCCUGAAAAAUACACUUUUGAAGGCAAUAGUACAGUAUGGCACAUUAAACAAUUUUUUUUUUUUUUUACACAUUGUGUGAGUCAAAGGGCUGCUGUUUAGUGUCACUUAAUUUAAAGACAACUUUUUCCUGUUUGGCAUGAUUAUAUAUCAGAAACCAUGUAAAAUCCCCACAGUGUUUUCUGCUUUACCUCUACAUCUUUUAUAUGUGUGUUUCAGAGCUACGCUGAUGGUUUUGCCACAUGUACAUACAUGAUCAGAAGACAUACCAAUAUAUUAGAAUUCAUUUGUGUUGAAGAAAAUGUUCAGUGCAAUUCAUGUACAAUUGCCUCUAGAAUUAUUAAAGUUUUAUUUAGCUAUUUCAGGGUUCUUACUUUAUUUGUUAGUUUACUGUACAGUCCAAGAAAAAUACUGUUGUUGAGAAAAAUAUAUAUUGUUUCACCUGUGUAAAGUUAAGUAAAUGCUAUGGACAGAAUGUAUAUAUCCAUGUAGAAUGCCAUUGUCAAGAUGGGUGCACUUCAGUGAGUGCCAUUCAGAAUAAAAGCAAAGUAUUUGUC